AUGCUAAAAAUCAUCGCCCCAACCAUUAUACUCCUCCCCCUGACCUUCCUCUCCCCAUGCAAACACCUAUGAACGAACCUCACAGCCCACAGCCUCCUAAUUGCCACCAUCAGCCUUCAAUGACUAACCCCAACAUACUACCCCAGCAAAACCCUAACACCCUGAACCUCCAUUGACCAAAUCUCAUCCCCCCUUCUAGUACUAUCAUGCUGACUAUUGCCCCUCAUAAUCAUAGCAAGCCAAAACCACCUAGAACAAGAACCAGCCAUCCGCAAACGAAUCUUCGCAACAACCCUCAUCCUAGCCCAACCCUCAAUCCUCUUAGCCUUUUCCGCCUCAGAGCUCAUACUAUUCUACAUCGCAUUCGAAGCCACCCUAAUCCCAACCCUAAUCCUAAUCACACGAUGAGGCAAUCAACCAGAACGACUAAGCGCUGGCAUUUACCUCCUAUUCUAUACACUAGCCAGCUCACUCCCCUUACUCAUCGCCAUCCUCCACCUUCACAACCAAAUCGGCACCCUCUACUUCCCAAUACUCAAACUUUCACACCCAACAAUCUCAACCUCUUGAACAGGCUUAAUAUCAAGCCUAGCACUGUUAAUGGCCUUCAUAGUGAAAGCCCCCCUAUACGGCCUACACCUAUGACUACCCAAAGCUCACGUAGAAGCCCCUAUUGCCGGAUCCAUACUACUAGCCGCCCUACUCUUAAAACUAGGCGGAUACGGCAUCAUACGAAUUACCCUCCUAGUAAACCCAUCAACAAACAACCUCCACUACCCCUUCAUCACCCUAGCCCUAUGAGGUGCCCUAAUAACCAGCGCCAUCUGCCUACGCCAAAUAGACCUAAAAUCAUUAAUCGCCUACUCAUCUGUCAGUCACAUAGGCCUAGUUGUAGCUGCAACAAUAAUCCAAACCCAAUGAGCUUUCACAGGAGCAAUAAUCCUAAUAAUCUCACACGGCCUAACCUCCUCAAUAUUAUUCUGCCUAGCCAACACCAACUACGAACGGACUCACAGCCGCAUCCUCCUACUAGCUCGAGGACUACAACCCCUACUACCUCUCAUAGCCACUUGAUGACUCUUAGCCAACCUAGCCAACAUAGCACUUCCCCCAACAAUCAACCUUAUGGCAGAACUAACCAUCGUAAUCGCUCUCUUCAACUGAUCCUCCCUAACACUCAUCCUCACAGGGGCCGCAAUACUAUUAACCGCCUCCUACACCCUGUACAUACUCAUAAUAACACAGCGGGGCAUCCUACCAUCCCACAUCACAUCCGUCCAAAACUCCUCCACACGAGAACACCUCCUCAUAGCCCUACACAUAAUCCCAAUACUCCUCCUAAUCCUCAAACCCGAACUUAUCUCAGGCACCCCUAUAU